AAUUUCAUGAUGGUCACACUAUCUUUGAGUUGUCAAAAAGCGGGAAAUGGAAAUUAGAAAAUGGAAGAAAGACGCAGAAUUGAAAUAUUAUUUACAAAAAUCUAUACAUAGUUAUAUUUAUUAAAUUUAUUAUACUUUUAUGUUCUCUAUAAUUAAGCAAUUUUUUCAACAUGUUUGAAUGGGCCUAUAGUGGUGCUAACAAAGCAGUCCCGAGAAAUGUCGGCCCUGAGUGUGCAUAUUUUCUAUCGCCUGAAAGACAAAUAAUCGAAACAAUAUUGGUAACAGCGACCUGCGUGUAUAUAAUUGUAAAAACGUAUCCUAAGUUGCAAAUUCCGAAAGAGAAUUUCUAUGUAAAAAGUGAUAGAGGUGGAAAAAGAUUACUAGUGAUACUACUAGCUCUACUAUGGGGCAUGGAAAUUGGUUUUAAAUUUGCGUCCCGGACUGUUAUUUAUUUGUUGAAUCCAUGUCACAUAACUACAUUGCUCCAGAUCUAUUUAUUAGCUGCUCCACCCAGCAAGACAGUGACAGUGUUAUUUCGUAUCCAUUUGAACUUGUUAAAUGGUCCACUUUUAGCAUUCCUAUUUCCAGAGACUGCCUCAAGAACAAUUUUAGCAGAAGCUGCAUUAUAUUGGAUACAGCAUGGAAUGAUGUGUGUGAUACCAUAUUACCUGUUAAGGAUUGGUGGUGUAUAUAACAUAGAACCUUUCUGGGAUUUUAAUUGGGCUAUAUUCAGCUAUUGUCUUAAUUUAUUGUAUCACUUCAUUAUUUUACAAAUCAUCGCCAUCCCAGCACAAGUGAAUUUAAACCACAUGCUUUGCCCUGCGAUUUUGGACCCAUUCGACGGACCUUGGUAUCGGAUCGCCGCAGUGAUCCACCAAGCUAUCCUUUGCCCUUUGCUGUGCAAACUAUUUUGCCUUAUUGCAGAUUUUUUUCUCACGAAGUUCCCUCCUACUAAAGUUAAGCCUCACAUGAAAGAUCAUUUACAUGAUAAAAAACUAGAAGAUUAUGUAAACUAAUAAUAUUAAUUAAUGCAAUCGUAACUCACUACUACACUCGUAACCCUGUUGAUACUGGGUUAGCCUUUAUGUUGUGAUAUUUGCGGCUGCAUUUGAGGGCGAAGCAAGCGGCCGCUUGAUGCGUCAAUUUAAUUUGAAAUAUCAGGAAUAAAGGAUGGCAAUAAGGGUUAGAAAUAUUUAGGUUAUAAAUGAAGUGUUAUAGCUUUUAAACCAAAGUAUAUAAAGGCGAAAUAAGUAAAUAAUCUAACUCCGAGGAAGUAUUAGCAUAAUAUAAUUAUACCUACCUGUAGUCAGAAUCUCAGCACAUUGUUUGAUUGUUUUGUCACGUUGUAUGUUUGGUAACCACAAAAUGUAUUAAAAUAUAUUACAAAUAAAUGAAA